AUGGCUGGCCGUGCGCUCGCCCUCUGCCUUUGCCUGGCGCUGCGCGGCGCCUCCGGCGCGCUGGCCAGCGAGGCGGCCCAGCACAGGGCCAACCCGAUCAGGAAGGUCGUCAACUUGCUGUCGGAGAUGAAGGCCAAGGUGACGGCGGAGGGCGAGGCAGAAAAGAAGGUUUUCGAAGAGUUCAUGUGUUACUGCAAGACGGGCGUCACGACCCUGGAGCAGAGCAUCCAAGACUCCGAGGCCAAGAUCGAGGCGCUGACCAACAAGCUGAAGGAGAUGGCCGAAAAGAAGGCGGCCACCGAGGCGGCCCUGGCGGAGCACACCGCGAGCCGCGCCGAGGCGAAGGACCAGAUGGCGAAGGCGAAGGCCCUGCGCGACUCCGAGCACUCGGAGUUUCUCAAGUUCAAGUCCGACAGCGAUACCAACAUCAGCGCAAUCGCAGCCGCGGUCGCGGCCAUCGAGAAGGGCAUGGGCAUGUCUUUUUUGCAGAGCGGCGCCGCCAACCUCAUCCGCACUUACGCGAUGGAGAAGGCCACCAUGGAGGACUCCGCGCGCCAGACGCUGCUCGCGUUCCUCUCCGGCGCCGACGGCUACGCCCCGAAGAGCGGCGAGAUCGUCGGGAUCCUGAAGCAGAUGGGCGACGAGAUGGCCGCGGCGCUUGCCGACUCGCAGAAGGAGGAGGGCGCGGCCAAGGCGACGUUCGAGGAGAUGAUGGCGGCGAAGACCAAGGAGGUGAACACCCUGACCGCUCAGAUCGAGGAGGAGAUGAUGCGACUCGGCGAGCUGAACGUGCUCCUCGCGGAGGACGACAACGACCUGGAGGAGACGAAGGACACCCUGGCAGAGGACAAGGUGUACCUGGCGGAGCUCAAGAAGGGCUGCGCGACCAAGGAGGCAGAGUGGGAGGCGCGCUGCAAGUUGCGCCAGGAGGAGCUGGUCGCCCUGUCCGAGACGAUCGAUAUGCUCAACUCCGACGACUCCCUGGAGCUUUUCAAGAAGACCCUGCCGUCUGCGUCCGCGAGCCUCCUGCAGAUCCAAGAGGGCCUCGCCGUGCAGCGCGAGCGCGCGCUGGCCGCCCUGCGCGCCUCGCCGCACCAGGGGCCAGAGCUGGACUUGGUCUUGCUGGCCGUGCAGGGCAAGGCGGCUGGCUUCGAGAAGGUGCCCGCAGAGCGGGGAGAUGGUUGUGAAUUUGAAGAAAGAGCAGGAAGACGACGACAAGAAGAAGGAGUACUGCGAAGCUGA